UAUGAGCCAGAUCGUGAAAUUCAAGUGUUGAAAGGCAAAAUGGAAGUUCCUCGCGUCAAACUUGGAACACAAGGCCUUGAGGUUUCCAAGUUGGGAUUUGGUUGUGCAGGCCUCAGUGGAGUCUUUGACGCCCCUCUUCCUGAAGAUAUUGUUAUUUCACUAAUUAAGGAUGCAUUCAUCAAGGGAAUCACAUUCUUUGACACAUCUGACCUUUAUGGACCCAAAACUAAUGAAGUUAUGGUGGGAAAGGCAUUGAAAGAGUUGCCACGAGAUAAAGUUCAGCUUGCCUCAAAAUUUGGCAUUGUGAAAGUGGAGUCAAAUAAUGUGAUAGUAAGAGGUGAUCCUGAAUAUGUUCGAUCCUGUUGUGAAGCUAGCCUACGCCGCCUUAGUGUGGAAUACAUUGAUCUCUAUUAUCCGCACCGCAUUGACACAACGGUGCCCAUUGAGGAAACUAUGGGAGAGCUUAAAAAGUUGGUGGAAGAGGGAAAAAUUAAAUACAUUGGAUUGUCGGAAGCUAGUCCUGACGCAAUUCGGAGGGCCCAUGCCAUCCAUCCUAUUACUGCUUUGCAAAUGGAGUGGUCCCUUUGGUCUCGUGAAAUUGAAGAUGAACUUGUUCCACUUUGCAGGGAACUUGGAAUUGGAAUAGUGCCAUUCAGUCCCCUUGGCAAAGGAUUUUUUGCUGGUAAGGCAAUCAAAGAAAAUAUAUCUGCAGAUAGUUAUCUGGCAGUGCAGCCAAGGUUCCAGGGGCAGAAUUUCGACAAGAACAAGAACUUUUAUUUUAGGAUAGAGAAAUUAGCAGAGAAGCAUGGAUGCACAACACCCCAACUUGCUCUUGCAUGGCUUCUUCAUCAAGGGAACGAUGUGGUACCCAUCCCUGGAACAACAAAAAUAAAAAACCUUGACAACAACAUCGGUUCAUUCAAAGUUAAGCUCAGCAACGCUGAUUUGAGGGAAAUUGCAGAGGCGAUACCGAGAUCCGAGGUGGUUGGAGAUCGAACUAUUGAGCCUUUUAUGCGGUGCACGUGGAAGUUUGCUAAUACUCCACCAAUGCAUAGUUAGAUACCAGUGCAGUAACAAACCCACAACCC